AAGAUCCCCUGGGGGAGGAAAUGGCAACCUACUCCAGGAUUUUUGCCUGGAAAAGCCCAUGGACAGAGGAGCCUCAUGACUUACAGUCCCUGGGUCACAAAGAUUGGAACUCAACUGAUUCUAAGAACAGAUAGAAGUGGCUAUGGAUAAUUCAUAUGAUUUCAAUCAAAAAGGCUCAUGUAAUGGAAUUCCAUCUGAGAAGAAAAACAACUUCCUUGUGUCAGAAGAUCAUGGACAGAAAAUCUUAAGUAUACUACAGAAUUUUCGAGAACAAAAUAUCUUUUAUGAUUUCAAAAUAAUCAUGAAAGAUGAAAUAAUCCCAUGUCAUCGUUGUGUGUUAGCAGCAUGCAGUGACUUUUUCAGGGCUAUGUUUGAAGUAAACAUGAAAGAAAGAGAUGGUGGAAGUGUUACCAUUACUAAUUUGUCCUCCAAAGCAGUAAAAGCAUUUCUUGAUUAUGCCUAUACUGGAAAAACAAAGAUAACAGAUGAUAAUGUGGAAAUGUUCUUCCAGUUGUCAUCAUUUCUUCAAGUUUCCUUCCUAUCCAAAGCUUGCAGUGACUUUUUAAUAAAAAGUAUUAAUCUUGUCAAUUGUUUACAAUUAUUAUCUAUAUCAGAUAGCUAUGGCUCUGCCCGUUUGUUUGACCAUGCUUUAUACUUUGUACAACAUCACUUUUCUUUAUUAUUUAAAUCCAGUGAUUUCUUAGAGAUGAAUUUUGGAGUACUGCAAAAGUGUUUGGAAUCAGAUGAAUUAAAUGUUCCUGAAGAAGAAACUGUACUGAAAGUUGUCCUUAGUUGGACUAAACAUAACUUAGAAUCAAGGCAAAAACAUCUGCCUUAUUUGAUUAAAAAAGUAAGAUUAUGUCAAUUAUCUGAGGAGACACUUCAAGAUUGUCUACUCAAUGAAGAGUGUUUACUCAAAAGCACAAACUGUUUUGAUAUAAUCAUGGAUGCAAUUAAGUGUGUGCAAGGUUCUGGUGGACUUUUCCCUGAUGCUCGACCAUCCACAACUGAAAAAUACAUAUUUGUUCACAAAACUGAGGAAAAUGGAGAAGCUCAAUAUACGUUUUGCUAUAAUAUUAAAAGUGACUCAUGGAAGAUACUGCCACAGUCACACCUGAUUGAUUUGCCAGGAUCUAGUCUGUCUAGUUAUGGGGAGAAAAUAUUCUUGACAGGUGGUUGCAAAGGGCCAUGUUGUAGAACAGUUCGGCUUCAUAUUGCAGAAUCAUAUCAUGAUGCCACUGAUCAAACCUGGUGCUACUGUCCAGUCAAAAAUGAUUUUUUCCUGGUAUCAACUAUGAAAACACCAAGAACCAUGCAUACAUCAGUUAUGGCUCUCAAUAAAUUAUAUGUCAUAGGUGGAAAAACUAGAGGAUCUCAGGACAUUAAAAGUCUCUUAGCUGUUGAAUCUUACAAUCCUCUUUCCAAAGAAUGGGUGUCUGUUAGCCCAUUACCCAGGGGCAUAUACUAUCCUGAAGCAAGUGCAUGCCAAAAUGUAAUUUAUGUUCUUGGAUCAGAGGUAGAAAUUACAGAUGCUUUUAACCCAUCACUUGAUUGCUUUUUCAACUACAAUGCUACAACUGAUCAGUGGUCUGAACUAGUAGCAGAGUUCGGGCAGUUUUUUCAUGCAACACUAAUUAAAGCUGUCCCAGUAAACUGUACACUCUAUAUAUGUGACCUUUCCACUUAUAAGGUUUAUAGUUUUUGUCCAGAUACUUGUGUUUGGAAGGGUGAAGGAUCUUUUGAAUGUGCAGGCUUCAAUGCAGGUGCAGUUGGAAUUGAAGAUAAAAUUUAUAUAUUAGGUGGUGAUUAUGCACCAGAUGAAAUCACAGAUGAAGUUCAAGUCUACCACAGCAGCAGGUCUGAGUGGGAAGAAGUUUCACCAAUGCCAAGAGCCUUAACUGAAUUUUACUGCCAGGUGAUUCAGUUUAAUAAAUACAGAGACCCAUGGUUUUCUAAUCAUUUCUAA